GCGUUCAAGCUGGACGGAGUGCGUCUAGGGCCGGCAGACCUGCCCGGGAGCGCGUAAACCCGCACGCACGCGCCGCCCACGUCCAGUUUGCGAAUCCGGAGGCGACCAGUUCCAAUAAUGCCCCGGAAGGCAGCUAAUCCAGAGGAGGCCGCCGGAGAGCCGGACCCUGAGGAGAUGGAGGCUGGACGGCAGCGGCCGGUGCUGCGCUCGGUGAACUCGCGCGAGCCCUCUCAGGUCAUCUUCUGCAACCGCAGCCCGCGCGUCGUGCUGCCUUUGUGGCUCAACUUUGACGGCGAGCCUCAGCCCUACCCAACCUUACCACCGGGCACCGGCCGCCGCAUCCACAGCUACCGAGGUCAUCUUUGGCUCUUCAGGGAUGCGGGGACCCAUGAUGGACUUCUGGUUAACCAAACAGAACUGUUUGUGCCAUCCCUCAAUGUUGAUGGACAGCCUAUUUUUGCCAACAUCACAUUGCCAGUGUAUACCCUGAAAGAGCGGUGCCUUCAGGUUGUGCGAAGCCUGGUGAAGCCUGAGAACUACAGGAGGCUGGACAUCGUCAGGUCACUCUAUGAAGAUUUGGAAGACCAUCCAAAUGUGCAGAAGGACAUACAGCGGCUGACCCAAGAGCACCUUGAGAAUCAGCACCGGGGAGAGGAGCCUGAAGGAGUCCAUUGAGAUUAGUGGGCCUGAGUUUCAGCCUUGAUGGUCUGAAAUUGAUCUACACAGAGGACAGGUCACUUCCUUUCGGUUUUAAAAUGGUUCAUUCUUGGAGUAAAAUAUCCAUCAUGUAAAAGAAAGUUUAACGUCAUUGAGCUUUGUAGUGUUUAAGAAUAAACAUGCAAAGUGCCACUGAGUCUGCCCGUUCUAGAGCACUCAUCAGAAGAAGGUGUUUUCAGUUCUGCUUCCUGGUGAGGCUGAAGUUCCAUGUAAGGAUGUCUGUAUUGUAAGCUCUUCAGCAGGAGUUGUACUGUGCCCUUUAAUUUGAAGAAUGCGUUUGCAUUUGAACAGAGGGCUCACCUCUUGCUUUGGGAAUGCUGAGAAGGGCCUCAUGCUGGGAUGGACAUCCUAUGGAGGCCCAGCGCCUAAUGUUUGUGGAGUCUUCAGUCAUGAAUGUUGGACGAAGAAACCAUUGGGUGCUCGGUGGAAGAGCUGGGAGGGUCUGGCUCUUUGAGGAAAGCCUUAAGUGUACACAGAAAGGAGCAGCUUAGCCGCCUCUGGUUAGGAAGAACUUUUUCUCAUUUUUCUCAUUUUUCAUGUCUCAGCACUUUCUACUUUGUUUGUUUUUUAUUUUAUUUUUGAGACUUUUGUGUAGCCCAGGCCAGCCUCAGUCUCUCAGUAGCAGGUCCUGAAUUCCUUAUCCUCCGGGAGUGUGUCCCCUGCCCUAGCAUUGGGGGCACAUGUGUGCACCACAGCCUGCUCUGCUCCUGCUUUUCCCAUUUAGAGACGGGCUCAUACUGUUACCCUGCCUGGCCUCCAGCUGGAGUUGGUCCUGCCUCCUGACCCAGUCUUGCAGCAUGCUUUCCAUACUCACUGUCACAGACAGCAGAGAAGAGCCAUCCUUGUGUUGUCUGGUUUGGAGAGCUCCUGUCUUUGAGGAAGCUGCUGGCAGGAGCAGGGAUUUCUGUUCCUUCCUGUCGGCCCCUAGCAUUCCACUUUGUUUUUGCAAGCCCUCAUUCUGCUUUGAUUGGAGAAGGGAGUGAAACUCCAGUCAGCCAAACAAUGGGUCACAGAGCAGUCUGGAACGUGUAGUACUUUUAUGGACGGUCACAGCUUUUCUUACAUAUUCAAAUAUUCAUAUUCAUUACUUCUAUCAAACAUUUUGUAAAACAUAAUUUUUUAUUUGUUUUUAAUUUCCUUAGCAGAGAAAAAUUAGAGAACCCUGGGUAUGGUGGCAUACACCAGAAAGGACAAUCAACUAAAAGGAAGCAGAAAGGCUGUCAUACGCUCUCAGCUUCCCAUAACCCCUGUAACUGAGUGUUCUCUGUAGAGUAUAUUUUAAUUGGUUAAAGCAGUUUGUCGUAGCCGAGAUCAUAAGGUAUAUACAGUUUUAUAUCCUGAUUUUUCAUUAAGCUUCAUUGUUCCCCCCCUUUUUGUUUUUUUUUGGGGGGGGUUGUUUUUUGGUUUUUGUUUUAUUGAGACAGGGUUUCUCUGUGUAACCCAGGCUGUCCUGGAACUCCCUUUGUAGACCAAACAACUGAUUACUGGCCUCAAAUGGAGAGAUCUGUCUGCCUCUCCAGUGCUGGGAUUAAAGUAUGCCUAAUCUUCAUCUAACUUCGUAACUUGUCUUUUCCAUGUUACUGCAACACGCUGUAAAAAUACCGGUGUGCUAUCCUCUUCCUUUGAGGGUAACUGUUGGGAUUAUUUGUCCGAAUCCUGGGCUCCUUGAGUGCAGUCUGAUGCCCUAAGAUCAGCAAAAUGACUGAACUAAAUCCUGACACCUCCCACUGUCCUCUCAGUGUCUCUCCUUAGUCUGCAGCAUUCCAUGAGUGAAGUGGCCACAGGCCAGUGUGGAGGGCCUGCGUGUGGGAAGUCCGCAGCUGCCGAGCUACUACAAGAUUGGUUUUAUUUUAUUAAACCUAUCUCUGCCUCUAAAAGAUGUAAUGUUUGUGUUAUUCAACUGGAAGUUUGAAUACUGUUCUCUGUGCUGUCCAAAAAGUGGAGACUCAGGACAUGAGUCACUUGUCCUGGACAUCCUGUAAAUGUGUUCUUCAGACUGUGUUUUCUCCUUUGAGUUUUCUGAAAAAAGCUGACCUUUAGUACAAUAAAUGGUGCUAAGUUAAGGAA